UGUAGCGCGAGGAUGCGCCUGGGUGCUGCAUUACGAGCCGGGAAUUAUAUGCUAGGAGCCCCGAGGACCGCUCAAUAAUCCCGAGAACACCCCAUCUGCUCGAAUAGGGGUCUCCCUCUGUCGCCCAGGGCCAGGCGUGACGCAGUCGUCCGUCGCACAUCCCGAAAUCCGAGCCAGCGCAUCUCCGUGAAGCCGCAACCAUGGCUCCGGGCGCGGCCCCCUCGGGAGGGGGAGGGAAUAUCAAGGUGGUGGUCAGAGUCCGUCCCUUCAACGGGAGAGAACAUGACCGAGGCGCAAAAUGUAUCGUAGAAAUGAAAGACAACCAAACCAUCCUGACGCCGCCACCGGAUGCUGGAGGGAAAGUGCUCAAGGACCAUGGCGCGAAGGUGUUCGCUUUCGACAAGUCCUACUGGUCCUUCGACAAGAAUGCGCCCAACUACGCGGGGCAGGAGCAUCUCUUCCAGGACUUGGGCAAGCCGCUGUUGGACAACGCUUUUCAGGGGUACAACAACUGUAUCUUCGCCUAUGGCCAGACAGGCUCUGGCAAGUCGUACUCGAUGAUGGGCUAUGGCAAGGACGCCGGUAUUAUCCCCAACAUCUGCCAGGACAUGUUCAGGAGAAUCGGGGAGAUGCAACAGGACAAGAAUCUGCGCUGCACCGUCGAGGUGUCGUAUCUCGAGAUUUACAACGAGCGAGUGCGCGACUUGCUGAACCCCGCCAACAAAGGGAACCUGAAGGUCCGCGAACACCCUUCCACAGGCCCGUACGUCGAGGACUUGGCGAAGCUGGUGGUAGGGAGUUUCCAGGAGAUCGAGCACUUGAUGGACGAGGGUAACAAGGCAAGAACGGUGGCGGCGACCAACAUGAAUGAGACAUCGAGUCGAAGUCACGCCGUGUUUACGCUGAUGCUGACCCAGAAGCGCUUCGACCCGGAAACGAAAAUGGAAAUGGAGAAAGCAGCGAAGAUCAGUCUGGUCGAUCUUGCAGGUUCGGAAAGAGCAACUUCCACAGGCGCCACGGGCGCGCGUCUCAAAGAAGGCGCGGAAAUCAAUCGCUCUCUCUCUACGCUCGGCCGUGUUAUUGCUGCGUUGGCAGAUCUGUCGACUGGCAAGAAAAAGAAAGGCGGCGCGGCGCAGGUUCCCUACCGCGACAGCGUUCUCACCUGGCUCCUGAAGGACUCGCUCGGCGGCAACAGCAUGACAGCCAUGAUUGCUGCCAUCAGUCCGGCGGACAUCAACUACGACGAGACGCUCAGUACGCUGCGGUAUGCAGAUUCUGCGAAACGCAUUAAGAACCACGCAGUCAUCAACGAGGACGCCAACGCUCGCAUGAUUCGCGAACUGAAGGAGGAACUGGCGGUGCUCCGCAGCAAACUGAGCAGCGGAGGUGGUGCCGGCGGCGCGCAGGUACCUCCGGAGGAGGUGUACGCUGAAGGCACGCCCUUAGAACAGCAAAUCGUCAGCAUUACGCAGGCCGAUGGCACUGUAAAGAAGGUUUCCAAGGCGGAAAUCGCAGAGCAGCUGAACCAGAGUGAGAAGCUCUUGCAGGAUCUCAACCAGACGUGGGAGCAAAAGCUCGCCAAGACAGAGGAAAUCCACAAGGAGCGAGAGGCUGCCUUGGAGGAGCUGGGAAUCAGCAUCGAGAAGGGCUUCAUUGGCAUGUCGACGCCGAAGAAGAUGCCUCAUCUGGUCAAUCUUUCAGAUGACCCCCUCUUGGCUGAGUGCCUGGUUUACAACUUGAAACCGGGUGUCACAACGGUUGGCAACGUCGAGUCAAACGCAGAUCACCAGGCUAAUAUCCGUCUGAACGGCUCGAAAAUCCUCCACGAACACUGCACUUUCGAGAAUGCGCCAGAUGGGACGGUCACGGUUGUACCCAAGGAAGGAGCGGCAGUGAUGGUGAACGGAAAACGAAUAGCGGAGCCAACGAGACUGCACUCGGGAUACCGCAUCAUCCUGGGCGACUUCCACAUUUUCAGGUUCAACCAUCCGAUGGAAGCACGGGCGGAACGGCAGGAACGGCAGGAGCAGAGUCUUCUGCGGCAGUCCAUCACCGCCAGCCAGCUGCAAGCCCUAGAGAAAACGUCGCCGUCUCCGAGUCCUUCGAGGCUGGGCCAUGAUCGGAGUCUAAGCAUGGGCGUCUCGGAGUGGGGCGAUAGUCGUCCAGAUUCGCCAGCAACGUUCCAACGCAAUGCAAAGGAGUUUGACUGGUCCUUUGCGCGGAGAGAAGCGGCGCCUGCGAUACUCGGCACAGACCAGAACUUUGCCGACCUGACGGACGACCAACUCAAUGCCCUCUUCGAAGAUGUUCAGCGAGCCCGGGCCGAGCGCGUCAACGGUCGGGAAGGCGACGAAGACAUGGAGUCGAUGGCAUCGUACCCGAUUAGGGAAAAGUACAUGUCCACCGGCACCCUCGACAACUUCUCGCUGGACACCGUCCUGACAAUGCCGUCCACUCCUAAGCAGGGCGAGGCAGAGGACAAGCUGCGCGAAAUACGCGAGGAGAUGCAGACCCAGCUGGAGAGGCAGAAGGAGGAGUACCGCGGCCAGCUCAAGACCGCUGAGGCGGCCAACGUCGAGGUUGAGGAGAUCAAGAAGGAAAAGGCCCGGAUGGAGGAGACGCUGGUCCAGCUCAAGGCUGACAUGCAGAAGCAGCUUGAGGUCCAGCGGCGCGAGUUCGAGGCGAAGAUCGAGAAGCUGGAUCCGCUCAAGCGGCCAAAGGCCAAGCCAAGGCUGUCCGAGGAGGAGAUUAAGCGUGCGAAAGUGGCCGUCCGGCACUGGCGGAGCCGGCACUACGUGCGGAUGGCCGAGGCAGUCCUGCAACACGCUGCGACGCUGAAGGAGGCCCAGAUCAUGAGCCAUGAGCUGGACGAACACGUCGUGUUCCAGUUCACUGUGGUCGACGUCGGCCAUAUGGUGUGCUCGUCCUACGAUAUGGUCCUCAACGGGCUCACCGGCGAGGGGGAUGAUAUCGCGCUGGAAGAGGCGCCGAAGCCCUGUAUCGGCGUCCGCGUCAUCGACUACAAGCACAGCGUUGUGCAUCUGUGGAGCAUCGAGAAGCUCCACGACCGGGUGCGGCAGAUGCGGCAGAUGUACCAGUACCUCGAUCAGCCGGAAUACGCCCAGCAUCUGAGCAUCGACAACCCUUUCAUCGAGGCCUGCAUGCCUCAGUACACGCUGGUCGGCGAGGUUGACGUGCCCCUGAAAGCCGUCUUCGAGAGUCGGGUGCAGGACUUUACGCUCGACGUCUUCUCGCCGCACACGUCACACGCCAUCGGCAUCAUCAAGCUCGCGCUGGAGCCGUCCAGCGCGCGGGCGCCGAGCAACACGCUCAAGUUCAACAUCGUCAUGCACGAGCUGGUGGGCUUUGCUGAGCGCGAAGGCACCGAGGUGCACGCGCAGCUCUUCAUCCCGGGCAUCUCGGAAGAAGACGGCAUCACCACCACCCAGAUGAUCAAGGACUUCGACGAGGGCCCGAUCCGGUUCGAGAGCGUUCAUAGCAUGAGCGUCCCGCUGUUCGCGCCGCCGCAGACGAUGCUGAGGGUGGCAAUCUUCGCCAAGGUCUCGGCGAUGCAUCUGGAUAAGCUGCUCAGCUGGGACGACAUGAGGGACGCGGUGCCCAGCUCCCGCGGCAAGCCCAGGGGUGCGAGGAUCAGCGAGGCGCAUUUCUUCACGGAAGAGAAGCACGAUCUGCUAGCGCGGGUGCAGAUCCUGGAAUUGAACGAGGAGGGCGAGUAUGUGCCAGUGGAGGUCAACCAGAACAGCGAGCUGGACAGCGGCACCUUCCAGCUGCAUCAGGGCCUGCAGCGGCGCAUCGCCAUCACCCUGACCCACAGCUCGGGCGACGCGCUGCCGUGGGACGAAGUCACGGCGAUGCGGGCCGGCAAGAUCCAACUCCUCGACAGCGCGGGCAAGACGCCAGACAUGGGCUCCGCCAGCUCCGAGAUCCCUCUGAAGCUGGCGACGGAGCCGACGUUCCGCACGAAUGCGAACGGCACCCGCAGCGUCUCUAUGGUCGGCCAGUGGGACUCGAGUCUGCACAACUCGCUGCUCCUCGACCGGGUCACGUCGGAUAAGUACCGCGUGCAGAUGACCGUGUCGUGGGAGAUCUGCUCCGAGAAGCUCGCCGAGCCGAUGAAGUUCUCGAUGAACGUCUGCUGCCAGAUCCUGUCGCGAUCCUUCGUCCGUCAGACCUCGAUGUUCUCUGCCCUGUGGCAGCACGUGCGCAUCGUCCACUCGGCCACAGGCAUUUUCACGCUGCAGAUGCGGCCGGCACCGAUCAAGCGGGUGGGCGAUCUGUGGCGCAUGAACAGCCAGCACGACUACGUCAAGGGCGAGGAGAAUCUGACCGCGUGGACGCCGCGGGGCGUGUCGCUUGUAGCGGACCACAUCAGCUCGAGGAAGAGGAGAAGAAUGAUGGCCGAGAUUGCGGCCGUCCAGGCGUUCCUCAAGAAGGUCGGCUUCAAGGACGAGGCCAACGGCCACGAAGCGCCUGGAGACGAAGACAUUCCUCCUCCGGCAAUCAACUCGGAUGCCGACUCCAUCGCCGAGCUCCUCAAAGACGACACCCCAGAACCCUCUGGAGCCUCAUCCCCAGCGACGGCAUCGCCCCAGCCAGCCGAGGACGACGCCGCCGUCCCCCAACAGUCGGAAGAAACCGCGGCGCAAGCUCCCGAAUACUCGGAACAGCAAAUCUCGCUCCUGACCCGCUGCCUCAACCUCUGGCAACGUUACCCAGACCCAACGAUCAAGAUCCUCUCCCCCGCGAACACCGACCCUCCCGAAGACGGGCCCGCCGACCCUUUUUCCUCCUCUCCGCCAGCGCCAUGCUUCGUCGCGACCGUCAUCCGCGUACCCAAAAACCCGACGGUCCUCAAGGGCGGCUACCUGCUCGUUCCCAACGCCGAUUCCACGCGCUGGGUGAAGCGCUUCGUCGAGCUUCGCCGGCCCUAUCUGCAUGUGCAUUCCGUCGGCGACGGCGAGGAGAUCGGUGUCGUCAGUCUGCGGAAUGCACGCGUGGACAGCCAGCCCGGCAUUUUAGGGUUGUUGGAUGUCCAUAGCAACGGGUACGGUGACGAGCAUGAACAGCAGGGGGCGACAACGGAACAGACUGGGUACGGGUUCACGACGCCCCGGCGCGGCAUCUCGCCUUCGCCAUCACGAUCUCCGCCUGCUCCUACUCCUACUGCAGGUAGUGGGACCGGGAGGUUGAUUGCUUCGCUUUGGCCUGGCGCUACGAGUAAUAACGGUGGCGGUAUUAAGAGCCCUCCUCGCCAUGCCAACGGGACAGCAGCGACCGGAGGAGGCGGAGGUGGAGGGAUCACAAAGCUCAGUGAGCGGCUGCAGGCCGGCGUGUUUGCUGUCUACGGAACGGACAAUACCUGGCUGUUUGCGGCGCGCUCCGAGCGGGAUAAGUUGGACUGGGUCGGGAAGAUCGACCAGAGCUUUGCCAUGGGCAGCGCGAGCGUCAGUGCGAGCGGGAGCGGGGCGGUCAGUCCCCGGGUCGGCGGUUGGUGAUUACCUAGUGGUGGCUGAAGCUACCUACCUACGAUGGAUGGAUAUUUAGAUGGAUGGAUAGACGGCGCGGCGGUGGGUUACAGGCGCCGUGGCGGCAGUACAGCACAGGGUUGAUCGAUUCUUAGGGAUACCCCGGGGGAUGAUAAUGAGUUUCUUCCCCUAUUCUUUCGAAAAUUUCUUUUCGUUUUUAUAGAUGCCAGGACGGCUCUUUAUACUGGUCUUUCCGUUUCCAUAAUGGCACACCCCAGGUAGGAAAGGAUACCUGGUAUGAAUGCACGAGGUCUACGCUCGCUUAUGCCCCUACAUGC